AUGGCAUCCGUGGCAUACCCCCAAGCGAAUGGACAAGCUGAAGCAAGCAAUAAGACCAUACUGCACGACUUAAAGACUCGAUUGGAGAAGGCAAAAGGUGGAUGGGCCGAUGAGCUCCCCAGCAUCUUAUGGGCAUAUCGCACAACCAGUCGGGUACCCACCAGGGAAACACCUUUUAGCUUGGCCUAUGGAACUGACGCACUCAUCCCUGUAGAAGUAGACCUUGGUUCACCCCGAGUCAUGGCCUUCAAGGAAGAAUGUAAUUUGGAUUGUCUACGGGAGAAUUUGGACCUGUUGGACGAAUUGAGGGAAAAGGCGGCGAUACAGUUGGCAGCUUAUCGGAUAAGAUUCUCCAACUACUACAAUGAAAGGGUUCGCCCUCGCAAACUUGAAGAAGGAGAUCUGGUACUCAGGAAGGCGGCCAUCACCAAUGCUCUUAGAGAAGAAGGGAAACUCAGGCCUAAUUGGGAAGGAUCUUACAAAAUUCGAAAAAUGUUGGGACCUAACACGUGCAUACUACAAACACUACAAGGCGAGGCAAUGGGCAAAACUUGGAACACCAUGAACCUCAAAAGGUACUUCCCGACCCUAUCGGCUAUGAACUCCAGUGAAGAAGGCAAAGCACGAGAUGCAGGACCAAGCCUAUCACCAGAGGCGUUGCCUAAUCCAUCUGAGGGUCAGGAUUCUCUCUAA